CUUCUUCUUCUCCCCGUUGCAGCCCACCCGAAAGAAGAAAAAAAAAGGGAACCCAGCCAUGCCUUGGAAAACCGGUAAGGAGGCUUGAUAUUUUCCUUCAUUUUCUUGUCCAAGAACCCGAUUUGGAGCUUAAAAUCCCCCCCUCUCUACAGAAAUCCCAGAUCUACUCUGCUCCUUCCUUCCUCACCGCCGGCUGCUCUUGAUUGUGGGUGCGAAUUUCUCUAAUUUUUGGAUUCCCCCUGAAUUUUCCCUGCAUUCCCGCCGGCUCCUCCCCAAGUUGCAGCUCCGGCCUUGCUUGCUGGAUUCCGUGAUUGGUGAAUUAUGAUUUUUCUGUUAACUUCAGCCUGUUUUGUCUCCGAUGUGGUCAUGUUAUUAGUGACCCUGCUAGUGGAGGUUAAACGCUAGCACAUGUCGACAUGUUAGUGAUAGAACAGCCCGAUUCUGCUCUUCUUCUUCUUCUCCCCGUUGCAGCCCACCCGAAAGAAGAAAAAAAAAGGGAACCCAGACAUGCCUUGGAAAAUCGAAAUCCCAGAUCUGCUCUGCUCCUUCCUUCCUCACCGCCGGUUGCUCUUGAUUGUGGGUGCGAAUUUCUCUAAUUUUUGGAUUUCCCCUGAAUUUUCCUUGCAUUCCCGUCGGCUCCUCCCCAAAUUGUAGCUCCGGCCUUGCUUGCUGGAUUCCGGAAGCAAAACCGAGGACGGAGAAACCACGGGAAUUGACGAGUUAGAAGGCUAGCCAUUUUGUAAAUUGAAUAUGGAUUUUAGAAAUAAAUCAUGAUCUUGUAAACUAGACUUUAUUGGAGAUUUAUGAUAUUAAAGCAAAUUAUAAAAUUUGAUCUUCAGA